UGCGGGAAAAAAAGAGUAUCGCUUCGCCUCCUUUUUAAGAGAGUGAAAGCAAUUUUGAGCUUUUCAUACCAAAAAAAUAAAAAUAAAAUAAAAAAAAUGGAAGCGGAGGCAGCACUUCAGCAGCUCAUAGGCAUGGGCUUCGCCGCCGACUCCGCCGCCCAAGCCCUGGCCGCGUGCGGCGGCGAUAUCCACAAAGCCACCGACUGGCUCCUCCUCAACCACGACCGCCGCCACCCUCCUCAAACUCCACCGCCGCCGCUUGAUUCCACGCCUCCCAAUGUCCAGCCCAAAAUCAACCGAUUCUUCAACCUCAACCCCUCCAAAAAAGAUCCCAAAAACCACCCAAAAACCCUCCAACAAUCCGAAGAGAACGAGGAGAUCGAACCGCCGCCAAAUUUGAUUCAUCGGAGAAAGCGCCCCAGAUCGCCGGAAAUUCAAGAAACCGCCGCCGCGGCGCCGCUGUCCGAGCGGAUGCGGCCGCGUGUGCUCGACGAGGUGGUGGGCCAGGACCACCUCCUCGCCGGAGACUCCCUCCUCCGGUCCGCCGCCGCCGCCGGCCGCCUCCCCUCCGUCAUCCUGUGGGGCCCGCCCGGCACCGGCAAGACCUCCAUCGCCCGGGCCCUCGUCGGCUCCUGCCCCGCCUCCGCCUCCUACCGCUUCGUCUCCCUCUCCGCCGUCGCCUGCGGCGUGAAGGAGGUGCGGGAGGCCGUCGAGGCCGCGCGGCGGUCGAAGAUUUCUUCCACCGCCGCCGCCGGCGGCAAACGCACCGUGUUGUUCCUCGACGAAGUCCACCGCUUCAACAAGGCGCAGCAGGACUCCUUCCUCCCCGUGAUCGAAGACGGCAGCAUCGUCUUCGUCGGCGCCACCACCGAGAACCCCUCCUUCCACCUCAUCACGCCGCUGCUGUCGCGGUGCCGCGUCCUAACCCUCAGCCCCCUCCAGCCCCCCCAUCUCUCCACCCUCAUCAAACAAGCGUCAAACGAUUUAGAGAGAGGAAUCCUCGCCGGCCUAAGAGGAACCAAUAUAACUAGCGUCGAAGUGAGCGACUCCGCCGUAGAAUUCCUCUCACAACACUGCGACGGCGACGCCCGCGUCGCCCUCAACGCGCUCGAGGCCGCCGCCACCACUGCCGCCGCACGGACCGCCGCCGAGACCCGCCUCCACGUCGCCGUAAACGACGUCAAAGAAGCCCUCCAAUGCAAGCACCUCGCCUACGACCGGGCCGGGGAGGAGCACUACAACCUCAUCAGCGCGCUGCACAAGUCGAUGCGCGGCAGCGACGCCGACGCCGCCAUCUACUGGCUCGCGCGGAUGCUCGAGGGGGGCGAGGCGCCGCUCUACGUCGCGCGCCGCCUCAUCCGGUUCGCCUCCGAGGACGUCGGCCUGGCGGACCCUCACGCGCUGCCGCAGGCCGUCGCCUGCCACCAGGCGUGCCACUUCAUCGGGAUGCCCGAGUGUGGCGUCGUGCUGGCGCAUUGCGUCGCCUACCUCGCCCUCGCGCCGAAGUCCGUCGCUGUCUAUCGCGCCUUCGGCGCUGCACAGAAGGCAGUGAGGGAGAAUGUAGGGCAGAACGAGAGUGUGCCGAUGCACCUGAGGAACGCGCCGACGAAGCUGAUGAAGGAUCUCGGCUACGGCGAGGGGUAUAUUUACCCGCCCGACGAUCCCGACGCAGCAGCAUCGCAGUCGUACCUGCCGCCGUCCCUUCAAGGUUACAAAUUCCUAAACUGGCCAUAGAUUUCUCUGUUUAAAACUGUGUUUUUUGCUAUGUUUAAAUGUAGAGCAAGUUUUUUGUAGUAGAGAUGAAUGCGUAUGGAAAAUUGUGCUUCUCCAUUAAAA